UGUAUCGAGUAUAGUGAAAAUGGAAGACGGGAGUUAUAUUGAGAAUUUGGAGACUCGUCUUCAGACACUCGAAAAACGUGUGCAUGGAGGUCGGAACACGAAGCACGUAAAGUGUUCUGAUUCGAUGGGGAGGAUCCAUGCUGCCCUCGGAAACACAGCCAACAAGAGGGAGCGCGUCAAGAUCUUGCACAAAAAGAUUGAAGACCUGAUGAAAUAUCUGGAUCCCCAGUUCACUGAUCACAUUGCAAUCCCCGAUGCCAUGAAACUGGAAUUCAUUUUGGCAGAGGAAGAGUUUCUGCUAUCCCAGGCUGCUCUGCUGGAGCAGGUCAGCAAAUUACAGCCCCUUCUGGACAGCAGCUACAUCAGAGCUGUCCCUGAGCACACCACCAAACUGCAGCGUCUGUCUCAGAUCCACAUCAGACAGCAGGACCAGAGUGAGGCACUGUCUGAGGAGGUGAAGAAGCAGUUUGAAGAAUACAACAAGAUGAUGUUCCUGCUGUCCAAGCAGUUCUCACAGUGGGACGAGACCCUUCGGCAGCUGGAGGGAGCCAAGCAGGUCAAGCCUGUCGAGUAAUGACAUCAGCAAACGUGUCACAAGCAGGUAUCCUGUUGAGACUGGAAUCCAUUAGUUCUCUGUAACCAGUGAACCCCAAUAUCCCGCCUCCAAUCCCCAGCUUGCUUGGUUGUCUGCCGCCCAGGCAGAUGUUCCCCACCCCUGCAACACGAUGAAUUGCACAGCUUUGCUUUCAAAAAACAAGAUUCCGUAUUUAAACAGCACUGCUGAGAUUACAUUGUGACAAUUGUCUCCUAACCAUCUCAGUUGCAGUAUUGCAUAUUAUUUAUGUCUUAAUCUUAAUUCUUCAAGUUUUGUGUAUGUAUGUAUGUAUAAGUAUGGGGGGGGGUGCACAUGGCAGUUCCUGCAAUGUAAUAGAACGGUGGAUCCAAUGCAACGUCCCGUUUAUAUGCCAUCAAAAACUGAGUCCUCGGUGGCAUGCACUACAGAAUCCAGCAGUCUGUCCUGAGAAAGGAGCAGCAGAUUUGCUGUGUCGGUGGAAUUGCAGACAUUCCAGUGUUUCCGCACAUGUACGGACAUUUUAUUUCAGCAGUUAACAAACAUGUCAAAUUAUUUUUGGGGCUUAAAAGCAAACAGUCAACUUGUAAGUGGUCUGCUUUCUCAUUUAUUAGCAUCUUCAGAGCUGUAUGAAAUACAAAUGUAGAGACACGUUGGGUCUUGUAAAUCUAUUCCAUUCUAGCACUGUCCAUGUGUUUUUGGAAAAAAAGACAUAAAUAAACUUUAAGACAGUUUCAACUUUA